AGAGAGAGACAAAGCAGAGAGUUUAGAGAGAGAGAGACCCACCAGUCCCAUUUUACCGUGUAGAGAGAGAGAGCGAAGUGGAAGGUAAAGCUCACGUUUUGCUUGCUUCUCAGCCGCACUUCUUCCUCCUCCCAUGUACAGUGAGAUUUGACGACCGUUAGGGUUCUCAUCGGUUUCUUCGAUCGGCCGGCAAAGUUCGUGACUUUUCAAGGAUCUGUGUCUUCUUAUGAGCUUCGGGUUUUGAUGGAUCUAUCUUCUCAACGGCAAUCCCCAAAUGGGUCCAGAGGCUUUCGCCUUCAAGCCCCAUUGGUGGACUCUGUAUCUUGCUACUGCAGAGUAGAUUCAGGUCUCAAGACCGUUGCAGAAGCAAGAAAGUUCGUUCCUGGCUCAAAGCUCUGUAUCCAGCCUGACAUCAACCCCAAUGCUCAUCGUCGCAGCAAGAACCCUAAGCGAGAGAGGACAAGAAUCCAACCUCCGCUUCUCCCUGGCCUCCCUGACGACCUAGCCGUCGCUUGUCUCAUCCGUGUCCCUCGUGCAGACCAUAGGAAACUCAGGCUCGUCUGUAAGAGAUGGUACAGGCUUGCCUCUGGUAACUUUUUCUACUCUCAGAGGAAGUUACUUAAGAUGUCUGAAGAAUGGGUUUAUGUUUUUAAGAGAGAUCGUGAUGGGAAGAUCUCUUGGAACACGUUUGAUCCUGUCUCUCAGUAUCCUCAGCCUCUUCCACCUGUUCCUAGAGAGUAUUCAGAAGCUGUUGGGUUUGGUUGCGCUGUUUUGAGUGGAUGUCAUCUUUAUUUGUUUGGAGGUAAGGAUCCGUUGAGAGGAUCAAUGAGGAGGGUUGUUUUCUAUAACGCCAGGACUAAUAAGUGGCAUAGAGCACCAGACAUGCUUAGGAAGAGACAUUUCUUUGGUUCCUGUGUUAUAAACAAUUGCUUGUAUGUAGCUGGUGGGGAGUGUGAAGGGAUUCAGAGGACACUACGCUCAGCUGAGGUUUAUGAUCCGAACAAGAACAGGUGGAGUUUUGUCGCUGACAUGAGCACGGCAAUGGUGCCUCUUAUCGGUGUGGUUUAUGACAAGAAGUGGUUUCUCAAGGGUCUUGGGUCUCACCAACAGGUCAUGAGUGAGGCUUAUGACCCUGAGAGUAACUCAUGGAGCCCUGUCAGUGAUGGAAUGGUUACUGGUUGGCGAAACCCGUGUACUUCUCUGAACGGUCGGCUCUAUGGAUUGGAUUGUAGAGACGGGUGUAAGCUCAGGGUGUUUGAUGAAACUACUGAUUCAUGGAACAAGUUUAUGGAUAGUAAAGUGCACUUGGGGAACUCGAAUGCUCUUGAAGCUGCGGCUCUUGUUACGUUGAACAAUAAGCUUUGUAUUAUCCGGAACAACAUGAGCAUGA